CAACUUUCACCAUGGGUCUUGCUUUCAACCUGCUCCUGGCUAUCUUUGCCGGCACAGGAAGUUUUCUGUUUGGAUAUGACAGCGGUGUCAUGACAGAUGUGAUCCACUCGGAGAACUUCCUCAUGUACUUCAACACCGACAAAACAAGUCCUAUAAUCGGUGCAAUCAAUGCUACGUUUUCAGGUGGAGCCGUGUUUGGCUCAUUGAUGGGAGGUUUCACAAUGGAUCGUUUUGGCAGAAGGAAAACUGUUCUCAUCGGUGCCGUUAUCAAUCUUGUCGGAGCAGCACUGCAAGCCGGAGCCCGCAACCUAGCCAUGAUUCUCGUCGGUCGCAUUAUGGCGGGAUGGGCUGUUGGACUGAUGAGCAUGUCUGUGCCCGUCUAUCAAACCGAAUGCGCGCACCCCUCAAAGAGAGGUCUUAUCGUGGGUAUAACCCAACAAAUGAUCGGUGUAGGCUUUAUCGUAUCAACCUGGGUGGGAUAUGGUUCCGCCCACGUCCCUGAAACCAGCAGCUUCUCAUGGCGCUUCCCGCUAGCGUUCCAAUGUAUACCUUGCAUGAUUCUGAUUGGAGGUAUUCUCUUCUUCCCAGAGUCUCCGCGAUAUCUCGUCGAGGCGGACCGCGCCGAUGAGGCACUGCAGGUAUUGCACAAGCUGCACUACAACGGUAGCAACGAAGACGAAAUCCAAGCCGAGUUCCACGAAAUCAAGACAACAAUUGAAGCGGAGAAGGCGAUUACAGCACCUGGAUGGCGCAUCAUGUUCAAGGUCAAGGCAUGGCGCACGAGGUUGAUGCACGCUACGCUCGUGCAAGUGUUCACGCAGAUGACUGGAAUUAACGUCAUCGGGUACUACCAAACUAUUCUCUACGAAAAUCUCGGCAUAACCGGGAAACGCAACCUCCUCGUAGCGGGAAUCUACAACAUAGUCGGCCCGAUCUUCAACCUCAUCUUCAUCAUCUUCUUCCUCGACCGCAUCGGUCGUCGCAAACCCCUCCUCUUCGGCACACUCGCUAUCACUGGCGCACUCAUCGCCGAAGCGGUCAUUGGCUCGCAAGUCACUGGCGCGACAGGUUCCCGCAAAGACAGUCUCUCCAUCGCAGGCGUGUUUUUCCUGUUCCUCGUCUCCGCGAUCUUCAGUGUCUCAUUUGGGCCCAUCUCCUGGUGCUAUAUGUCAGAAGUUAUGCCGCUGUCAAUCAGAGGAAGGGGUAGCGCGUUUGCAACUGGUAUUGGUAACUGGUUGGUCAGUACCGUCUGGUCACAGGUCUCGCCAAUUGGAUUGGGAGCAAUCACUUACAAGUUCUACUUCAUUUUUGUGGCGUUCAACUUGUGUGUCUCUCUGCCAACGAUCUAUUUCGUUUUCAAGGAAACGAAACAGCUCACUCUUGAAGAGAUCGAUUUGCUAUUCGGUGAACGCGCAUUGGGAACGCUUCCAGAAGAUCUGGGCACGAAUAAAGGAGGCGUGGAGACGUAUGAGAUGCCCAAGCACUCCUCAGAACAGCCAUAGGCCGUUGGCUCAGAAGGUGCAACGUUCAUCUAUUAUGCCGUGUUAUAGUUCGAGUAUUGAUCAACCAGAGAUCUAAAAGACUUGAAAGUCUUUACAUUGAUUGACUCACUGUUACGGAAUCUUCUCAAUACAGCAGAUGCCAGUCAAUUCAUUCUGUAAACUAGUGAUAGCUGUAUCUAGGCAACGAAGUGGAUGAAAUACGAAUAGUUCUACUCGCGCAACACGCCCAAUUCUGCAAUCUCCCAAAAUUUGGAAAUAGACAUGAUC